AUGAUCGUGCUUGUAGAAGUUGUUGUUGAAUCGCGUUUAAUUCAAUUUUUGUUUGAUGCACCGGUUAGUGAUGGUGGCCAAUGGGAUAUGGUAAUUAAUUUGCUGGAAAAAUACGGCGUGGUUCCCAAAUGUGUAUGCCCUGAAAGUUAUAACUCAUCAAAUUCAGCUCAAAUGAUGGAAGAGGUUUAUCGCAUUAUAGCCAUUUCUCUUGGUAAACCUCCAAAGGUGUUUGAUUGGGCUUUUAGAGACAAGGAUGGAAAAUAUUAUGAAUUCUUUGGAAACAAUUUUAUGGGGAGAUUGUCAACUAUAAAAAACUUUCUUGUAAACGAUCCUCGUCAUCCAUACUUCAAUCUUUAUACAGUUGAAUAUCUUGGUAACAUUCAAGGGGGCAUACCGAUCCGCUAUGUAAACAUUCUGAUCGAAACAAUGAAACAGCUAACGAUCCAAGCUUUACGAUCCGGAAAACCAGUUUGGUUAGGUGCUGAUGUUGGAAAGGCUAGUGAUUCUUCAUUAUGA